UUUCCGAAGGCGGAGGAAGCGCUGAGCCCACACCUCCUCGUCCCACCCCCUCCCCCCGGGUGCUGGCUCCAUGUCUGUGUGACCGGCCCCAGGGGUAGAGUCCAGGCCCGACGCGGGGCGGGCCGGCGGCGGCGGCUGAGGUGAGAGGCGGCGGCGGCGCGGGCACCCGGCCCCCCAGCGGGAGGAUGAAGCGGCGGAACGCCGAGUGCAGUAAGCUCCGCCGACCCCUAAAGCGGAACCGGAUCACCGAGGGCAUCUACGGCAGUGGAAAAAUAGUGAGAACAGAUUGGGAGCAGGUGCAUGGUAAUCCUUCAGGCAGAAGCUGCAUUUGUUAUCUUCGUUGGUGUUGCUUUGUUCAGACACCCUUCUUAGUCACCUGUGCAUCAUCUUUCCCUCUACCUUCACUUACAUUUUUAUACCUGAAAUUCCUGGUAGUGUGGGCACUUGUCCUCCUGGCAGAUUUUGUCCUGGAAUUCAGAUUUGAAUACCUGUGGCCAUUUUGGCUUUUCAUCAGAAGCGUCUAUGAUUCCUUCAGAUACCAGGGACUGGCCUUCUCAGUAUUUUUUGUUUGUGUAGCAUUCACGUCAAAUAUAAUAUGUCUGCUGUUCAUCCCCAUACAAUGGCUUUUUUUUGCUGCUAGUACAUAUGUGUGGGUUCAGUACGUAUGGCACACAGAAAGGGGAGUGUGUUUGCCCACAGUAUCCCUCUGGAUACUCUUUGUUUAUAUUGAAGCAGCAAUUAGAUUUAAAGAUCUCAAAAAUUUUCAUGUAGACCUUUGUCGUCCAUUUGCUGCUCACUGUAUUGGGUACCCUGUGGUGACUUUGGGCUUUGGCUUCAAAAGUUAUGUAAGCUACAAAAUGCGGUUGAGGAAGCAAAAGGAAGUGCAAAAAGAGAACGAAUUUUACAUGCAGCUUCUUCAACAAGCCCUCCCCCCAGAGCAACAAAUGCUACAAAAGCAAGAAAAAGAGGCCGAGGAAGCAGCCAAAGGAUUACCUGAUAUGGAUUCCUCAAUCCUCAUACACCACAACGGAGGUAUCCCAGCCAAUAAAAAACUCUCCACAACUUUGCCAGAGAUAGAAUACAGAGAAAAAGGGAAAGAAAAAGACAAAGAUGCCAAAAAACACAACCUUGGAAUAAAUAACAACAAUAUUCUACAACCUGUAGACUCUAAAAUACAAGAAAUUGAGUAUAUGGAAAACCAUAUCAAUAGUAAAAGAUUAAAUAAUGAUCUCGUGGGAAGUACAGAAAAUCUCUUGAAAGAGGACUCAUGCACUGCUUCCUCAAAAAACUACAAAAAUGCCAGUGGAGUUGUGAACUCCUCACCUCGAAGUCACAGCGCCACAAAUGGGAGCAUUCCUUCCUCAUCUAGUAAAAACGAGAAGAAGCAGAAAUGCCCUAGCAAGAGCCCAAGUACACACAAGGACUUAAUGGAAAACUGUAUUCCUAAUAACCAGCUAAGCAAACCAGAUGCACUGGUAAGGCUGGAACAAGACAUUAAAAAGUUAAAGGCUGACCUGCAGGCCAGCAGGCAAGUGGAACAGGAGCUCCGCAGUCAGAUCAGCUCCCUCUCAAGCACCGAGCGAGGGAUCCGCUCAGAAAUGGGCCAGCUCCGGCAAGAGAAUGAGCUGCUGCAGAACAAGUUACAUAAUGCUGUGCAAAUGAAGCAAAAAGAUAAGCAGAAUAUCAGCCAGUUGGAGAAAAAGCUAAAAGCUGAGCAGGAAGCCCGAAGUUUUGUAGAAAAGCAGUUAAUGGAGGAGAAAAAAAGGAAGAAGUUAGAAGAAGCUACUGCUGCCCGGGCUGUUGCAUUUGCUGCUGCGUCUAGGGGAGAGUGCACCGAAACCUUACGGAAUCGAAUCAGAGAAUUAGAAGCAGAGGGCAAGAAGCUCACAAUGGACAUGAAGGUGAAAGAAGACCAGAUCAGAGAACUAGAACUGAAAGUUCAGGAGCUUCGGAAGUAUAAGGAAAAUGAGAAGGACACUGAGGUGUUAAUGUCAGCCCUCUCAGCCAUGCAAGAUAAAACACAGCACCUGGAGAACAGCCUGAGUGCAGAGACAAGAAUCAAGCUGGACCUGUUCUCCGCACUGGGGGACGCAAAGCGACAGCUCGAGAUUGCCCAAGGACAAAUUCUUCAGAAAGACCAGGAAAUCAAGGACCUAAAACAGAAGAUAGCCGAAGUCAUGGCCGUCAUGCCCAGCAUAACGUACAGUGCUGCCACCAGCCCCUUGAGCCCCGUUUCCCCACACUACUCUUCCAAAUUUGUGGAGACCAGCCCGUCUGGACUCGAUCCCAAUGCCUCUGUUUACCAGCCCCUGAAGAAAUGAAGGCCACCAGUGUGUUUUGUCCAGGCUUUGGUUAUCAGAAGGCAUCGCAAAGGAGCGUCUCUGGCAGUCAAGAUUUUAAAAAGUUUAUAUUGUAUUUUGUGGGACUGUACAUGUUGUCGUUUUUAAAAAGGGGGGAAAGAUAACAUCCAAGUCUGAUUAGAACUGCCCACCAGUUUUUCUUGUAAGUUUUUAGAAGACCUCACAGAACUUUGCAGUUUAUUUUUCUUGGCCAAUACAUUAAAACCAUUCUUGGAUUUCAAGUAGCCAAUUUUGCCUUUUAUGUAUUCUUACAGUUUCCUCUUGAAGAAAAAAAAAAAAGCAGAGUUUUUCCUUCUCAACCCUUUUGUUUUGUUUUGUUUUGUUCUUAAAUCAGCAAGCAAAACCUGCAUAUUGGAUUCACAUGGGAUAACAAUGAAAACUUAGUUUUUAGCGUGAAAGGUUUAAAUAACCUAACACAGCUUUGAUGCUGUAGCUGCAUUAAAGAAGAUGAUUACUAAAAUUACAGAAAACAGAAAUUGAUUACCCCACCAAGGACCAAACAAAUUCAAGGAGUGUCAUUUCAGCCGACGGGAGAGACGCAGGUUGAUGAGACCAGCUGUGCGAAUGUAAGAGGGGUUGUGUCUGAAAUGCGUAUCUUCCCAUCGGUGUGUUUAGUCCUAGAAAAUUGCUAGCAGCAGUCUUGUUCACAGUGCCUUGGGAAAAGACAUUUCAAGAGGAAACUUGGUUUUAAACAAUUUCUCCCUUUACCAUCAUCUACCUUCUCUCUGUAUCAAGCUCACUACGGAUCCUGCUGUAGAACUGGUGGGUAGCUGGGCUGUUCGGUACCACUUCAGCCACACCUUCUGUUUCCUUUCAUUGAAAGCACCACAGUGUUCUGGACUUGUCUCGAGGCAAGCACCCUGGGAAGGGGAGCUGGGCGGUGUUUGUGUUCGAGAGACUGCAAUGCCGGCUAAUAAAAGCUGCGGUUCUA